AUGGCCCAGAAGGGAAGGCAGGGGCGGCGCAGGCCCCCGCGCAGCAGCAAACCCGAGGUGCGGCGAGGCGAGGGUGCCGAGCCGCGGCGCCAACUGCACGCUGGCCCGGCCUCACCGCCCGCCAGCGGCCGCAGCCACAGGAAGCGGAAUUCGGCGUGGCAGCCACCACUGCGCUCGGCGAGGAGGGGGAGCGAGGCCCAGGCCAGACCCUCCCCCGAGCGCUGGGCGGGCUGGGCCGUACCAAAGUGCAAGCCUGGGGGAGGCCGUCUCCAGCCCGGGAGCGCGGCUUGCCGGCUCGCUAGGGGAGACGGCAGCCGAAGCCCUGCGGCUGGCCCGUACCAUCCCGGGCCGAGGGGCCCCCGCAGGGGUGCACGCUGGCCCGAGCCGCCUGGGGUCAUGCUGUCCGCGAUCCCACCCCGCCUCGGUCCCCGCUGCAGACACGAACAUCCCCUGGGAUGGUGGCCCCGCACGCCCCACCGCGCCGCACCCUCCUACGCGAAUCCCUAA